AUGAAGAUGAACAAAUUGUUGGUGAGAAAAGAUACCAUCUUCAAGAAACCUUCGUCUUCUUUGUACAACGCACGAGCGGCUACGGUUCUCAAGAAAGCGUUCGAGCUAUCGGAGCUAUGCGGUGUGGAUGUGUGCAUCAUCUGGUACGACCGCGAAGGUAACCUAGUGAAGACGUGGCCUGAGAACGAGGAAGCCAAAGUUAGAGCCAUCGCAGAGCGAUACAGCAUGUUAAGCGAAGAAGAAAGGGGCAAGAAAAGAAACAACCUCUCAGGGUUUCUAAACAAGAAGAUGAUCCGCGACAAGAAGGAGUCUUUGAGGAAAAGGGAUAACAAAUUCUUCCAAUUCUCUCAAAAAUUCUCUCAAAAAAGCGAAACUGAGGUCGUCUUCCUUCGCUCUCCACCGGCGUCGGGCCCGACGUCGGCCCCCACCAAUGUCGAAGAAGAAGAAGACCAAGCUGCUGCCGUCUGGUGA